UUAGCACUAGUUAUAUAUAGUUGGGAGUUCACCAAGCUUAUCGCACUACCAUCAAACCAAUUUCACUUAAGGAAAGCCAUUUUCCACUCAUCUUCUCUACCCAUACAAUGGCUCCGGCUCCAAGUUUUUCCGAUUCGGACUCAUUGUUCAAUUUUGUCGUCCGAGACGGCAACGGUGUGAAGGGAAUGGUGGACUCAGGCAUAACCAAGGUUCCACAACAAUAUGUGCAACCCAAAGAAGAAAGAAUAAACAAAUCCGACGCUACCUUAAAUGAUAAUCCACCAAUUGACUUGUCCAAGCUCGAUGGUCCUGACCAUGACCAGGUUGUGGAGGAGAUUGUUAGAGCCGCUGAGAAUUUAGGCUUCUUCCAGGUUGUGAACCACGGCGUGCCUGUGGAGCUCCUGGAGUCUCUCAAAGAAACAGCUCACAAUUUCUUUGGCCAACCACCUGAAAAAAAGGCCAUCUAUCACAAGGGUUCGAGUGCGUGUCCAAGCUCGAGCCCCAGCCGCAACCCAUUGGUGAAGUAUGGGACGAGUUUUGCUCCUGAGAAAGAGAAGGCAUUAGAGUGGAAAGAUUACGUUAGCAUGACCUAUACCAACGAUACUGAAGCACUUGAAUUUUGGCCUAAAGAAUGCAAGGAAGUCUCUCUCGAAUAUCUAAAGACAUCAAUCAAGAUGGUGAGAAAACUAGUUGAAGUAUUGAUGGGGAAGCUUGGAGUGACACUAGAUGAUGCAAAAAUGAAUGCCUUAACAGGCUUGAAGACGGUUAAUAUGAACUACUACCCAGCAUGCCCAAAUCCUGAGCUCACUGUAGGAGUGGGUCGUCACUCAGACUUGGGCACAAUUACAGUGUUAUUGCAGGAUGGAAUUGGCGGUCUUUAUGUGAGACUGGAAGAAGACAUCAAUGGCAAGAAAAAGGGUGAGUGGAUGGAGAUCCCACCAAUCCCUGGUGCUUUGGUCAUCAAUAUUGGGGACACACUAGAGAUAUUGAGCAAUGGAAGAUAUAAAAGUGCUGAACACAGAGUUCGGACAACAAGCACCCAAUCAAGAGUAUCGGUUCCAGUUUUUACAAUUCCAAAACGAACAGAGAAAAUUGGACCGUUGCCUCAAGUGGUGGAAAGAGAUGGCGUGGCACGUUACAGAGAGGUUCUGUUUGAAGAUUACUUGAACAACUUUUUUGGCAACGCCCAUGAAGGAAAGAAGUCUCUUGAUUUUGCACGGAUCUUUUAAUUUUAAUUAAUUAGCCAACUCUGGCUCCAUGAAAAGAUCCUUGUUAUAUGUCUUUUUUUUUUAUGUUCCUGUCUUUUUUCCGUACACUAAUAUGCACGUCUAUAAUAAAGACAGAAUAUUUCAUAUCUUAA